AUGAGUGCGUAUAAUUUUUCUAGCUCUCAAGAAAGAAAGUUAAGCACUGUAUUUGAACAUUUAAAUGAGACUAACUCUUCACUUCACACAAGCAGAAACCUUGAUAUUGAUUUCAAGUCAGUUAAUGAAUUAAAUGAAGGAGAUAAAGUUAAAUAUGAAGGUAUCAAGAACGGUGACACACAGGUCACCUCUGGCAUUACAAAUUCAUUUGAAUCUGAAUCUUUAAGAGAUGAUUCAAAACCUUUAGAGAAUGAAGAAAAGACAGAAAAUCAACUUAAUAGAUCAAUCAAAUCCCGUCAUUUACUAAUGAUCAGUUUAGGUACUGGGAUUGGUACUGGUCUAUUGGUGGGUAAUGGUCAAGUAUUAGCGAAAAGUGGACCUGCAGGGUUAGUAAUAGGUUAUGGUGUAGCAUCUAUCAUGGUUUAUUUUAUAGUCCAAGCUGCUGGUGAAUUAGGAAUAUGUUACUCUGGACUGACUGGAAAUUAUAUUCGGUAUCCUUCAAUUCUAGUCGAUCCUGCUCUUGGUUUUGCUAUCUCCAUCAUUUAUACCCUUCAAUGGCUUACUGUCAUGCCAUUGCAAUUAGUGACAGCAGCAAUGACUAUUGGCUAUUGGACUAAUAUUAAUCCUAACAUCUUUGUUGCCAUUGUACUUGUCAUUGUGGUUUUAACUAAUUGUUUUGGUGCAAAGGGAUAUGUUGAAGCAGAAUUUUUGUGCAAUAUUUUUAAAGUAUUGAUGAUGGUUGGUUUUGUAUUAUUAGCAAUUCUAAUUAAUACAGGUGCUAUAGGAACUGACGGUUAUAUUGGAACGAUAUAUUGGAAAAACCCUGGUGCAUUUGCAAAUGGAUUUAAAGGUGUUUGUUCAGUAUUCUGCUAUGCAGCAUUCAGUUAUGGUGGCAUUGAAGUCCUAGCGUUAACUGCUGCAGAACAAGAAAACCCUAUCAAGGCAAUACCUAGUGCCUGUAAAAAGACUGUAUACAGAAUUUUAUUUUUGUACAUGCUAACCACGAUCUUAAUAGGUUUCUUGGUUCCAUACGACAGCCCUCAAUUAAUGGGGUCAACUUCUGGGGGAGGCUCUCAUUCUUCUCCAUUUGUAAUAGCAAUUGCUUCUCAUGGUGUUAAGGUAGUACCACACUUAAUCAAUGCUGUGAUUUUAAUCAGUAUUGUUUCAGUUGCCAAUUCUGCUUUUUACUCUUCAACAAGGCUAUUACUAUCAUUAAGUGAACAAGGGAAAAUUCCCAAAAUAUUUAAUUACGUCGAUAAGGAAGGACGGCCAUGGUAUUGUAUUUUAUUUGCUUCACUAUUUGGUUCCAUCGGAUUUGUUGCGUCAAGUCCAUAUAAAGAGGAAGUAUUUACAUGGUUAUUAGCCAUUUCAGGUCUUUCGCAAAUAUUUCUUUGGAUGUCAAUAUGUUUAUCACAUAUACGAUUCAGAAGAGCAAUGAUAAAACAAGGAAAGUCAUUAGAUGAAAUUGGAUAUAAAGCACCUACAGGAUGCUGGGGAUCUUGGAUUGCACUAUCGAUUGCAUUGUUUAGUUUAAUUUCACAGUUUUGGGUAGCAAUUGCACCAAUUGGAAAAGAUGGAAAAUUGGAUGUCUUAGUGUUUUUCCAAAAUUAUUUAGCGGCACCUAUUGUUCUAAUUGCAUAUCUUGGAUACAAGACAUAUUAUAAAGACUGGAGACUAUAUAUACCUUCUGAUAAAAUUGAUUUAAGCUAUGGUAGAGAAAUAUAUGUACCGGAAGAGCAAGUUAUUGUCGAGUCCCCUCCUUCAUCAAUAGCAAUGAACUCUGUUAUAAUAACUAAAAGCAAAGAAUAA